AGGACAUCAACAAAGGGGAGAAAGAGACGGAACAGAGAAAGACGAGGAAGGAGAGAAGGAAGGAAGGAUAGAGGGAAGGAGUCCACAGAAACAGAAACAAGAGAAGCAGCAGAAACAAGAGAAGCAGCAGAAACUCGAGAGAUGCGGAUUUGAGCUCAUCAGCAGUGAGAAUACUGUUUGAAAAGUGGACAUCACCUCCUCCUGUGCCAACUGAGACAUGGACGCCUACAAGCUGAUGAAGGAGCUGCGGGUGAAUUACGAGCAGGAGGUUUUUUAUCUGCCCAAAGAAACGGGACUGGUCCUCAUCGAGUCCUCCACACGGGACGAGAGUCGGAUCUCGGCCAAGUGCAGAGACGUCCAAGUGGAGGACCUGUGGAGUCUCACCAGCUUCUUCGGUUACAGCACGCAGACCUUCGUCCUGGCUGUGAACCUGCUGGACAGAUUCCUGGCCUUGAUGAGGAUCCAGCCAAAGCACCUGUCCUGCGUGAGCCUCAGCUGCCUCCACAUGGCGGCCAAGGUGACGGAGGAGGAGUGCGACGUGACGUCCAGCGACGAGCUCAUCCGCAUCGGCCAGGCCCGGUUCACGGCCUCCGACCUCUGCCGCAUGGAGAAGAUCGUCUCCGAGAAGCUCGACUUCAAGUCCAAACCCAUCACUGCCUUAACCUUCCUGCAGCUGUACCAUCAGAUCGCACUGUCACACUCCAUGGACAGGAAGGAGACCCUGAGCCUGGAGAAGCUGGAGGCUCAGCUCAAAGCCUGUCUGUGCCGAAUCUCCUUCUCCAAAGCAAAGCCGUCCGUCUUAGCCCUGUCGCUCCUGAGGCUGCAGAUCAUAGCUGUUCAGUCGAAGGACAUGUUGGAGAUCGCCUCUCAUAUCCAGAGACACUUGAAGAUUGCGGACGGCGAGCUGCGGCUGUGGAGCGAGCGCGUGGCUCAGUGUCUGUCGGACUACGCCUCGCCCGAGUGCAGCAAGCCCAACCACAGGAAGCUGCAGUGGAUCGUGUCGCGGCGGACCGCCCAGAACCUGCACGCCUCCCGCAGCGUCCCCGAGCUGCCCACCAUCCCCGAGGGGGGCUGGGGCGAGAGCGAGAGCGAGGACUCCUGUGAGGACGUGAUGAGUUCAGGUGAGGAGUCGCUCAGCAGCUCCCUGGGCAGCGACGCCGAGGGGCCGUACUUCCCUCUGCACUACCGCCAACAGAGGGACCGGGGACACCUCCUCGCCUGAGCUGCCCCCCCCCGAACCCCCCCGCCCCCUCAGACCUCCUUUAAUUUAUUGCUGAAUAAGCUGUGUUGCUGGAGGAGACUUGUGCAGCCGAGUGCUCUGGAUUCCUCUGGUAGACUUGGUAGAUUCUAGUUAGUGAAAGUGUUGGUGCAUGUUGAGACGUCACAUUCCAGGAGGAGAGAGUUUGAGGAUGAAACGCCGGCGGCUCGGUUCCAGGUGCUGAUCUCACCGAGGCCCGGGUCAGAGCACACACAGGUCUCCUUGUUGGGGGAAAAUGAUUUUGCCAAAACACGUGUUGUUUAUUUCCUAGAAUGUUUCUGACUGUUAUUAAUCGAAGACUGUUUUUAUUGAGGGUAAAGAGAAGUUUGUUCAGAGCAGUCGCGUGGUUUCGUUUCAGCCUCGUCAACAUCACGUUAUCGUUUGUGCGGCUUGUUGGAACGAAACUGGAGCGUUUGUUAUUUCUCUGAUCGUCUGUCACAAGUUUAAUUUGCACAGUUUUUCUUUUUAAAUCUCAUUUCCAGUGUUAAAUGGUAAAACUGGAGUUUGCGUUUGAAGAGAAACUGAAGAGUGAGCGAUGCCAUGCUUCAGAAUCGGAGCCUUGCAUCACCACAGGGUGUUCAGACUGUGUGUGUGUGUGUUUGUUGACGUGUGUGUGUGUGUGUGUGAUAUAUUUAAAGUUAGAAUGUAGCUAAAAAAAAAGGUCUUUGAUUCUUUUCUGAAAGAAUGUUGAAUGAAAAGAUGCCGACCACGUGUCCGAAAACUCAAAAAAAUGUAAAAAAAAUGUUAAUACAAAAACAUGUAAAACUGUAAAUGAUGUACAAAAAAAAUGUUAAUAGUUGUGUAGAUAUUGAGUUAUUUAUUAUUUUUUGUCACCUGUACUGAAAAACGAAAAUCUUAUAAAAAUCUUAUUUUUUAA